AUGAAAAUCCUCUACCGCAACGCCGCCAUUGUCUCUUCUCCUAUUGGAAGCGAAGGCGAAGCUGAAUGUCUCCUAAUCGAGGAUGAUACCAUCGCCUACGUAGGCCCUGAGCAAGAUGCCCCUGCAUCAGAUAAACAAAUCGACCUAGCCGGACGCCGAGUCCUGCCUGGCUUUAUCGAUGGGCACAUGCACCUGCUCCUUUUCGGGGCCUCGCUAUCCAAAAUCAACCUGGCAGCAUGCAGAUCCCUGUCCGAGAUCCAAUCGACCAUCCGAGAUGCAGCAGCCUCCCGACCAGCUUCCACAUACCCGCGUCUCUUCUGCAGCGGCUGGAUGCACUCCAUGACAAACGGGCAAGCGUUAGCCAGCGACCUCGACAACCUCGACCCGCACAACCGCCCCAUCUUCAUCGACGCCAAAGACCUGCACUCGGCAUGGUGCAACACCGCCGCGCUAACAGAUCUAGGUAUCGACAAGUCCACGCCUACACCGGCAGGCGGGGACAUCUCGCGGGAUAACUAUGGGAAUCCCACCGGGUUACUGAGCGAGUCUGCUGCCGUGACGAUCGUCUGGCCGCACGUAGCGCGGGUUGCGACAGAGGCUGAGAAGAAGGGAUACGUGCGUGAUGCGAUUCGUGCGUAUAAUGCGGCCGGGUACACUGGUAUGGUGGAGAUGGCGAGCGAUGAGAAUAUUUUUGAAACGGCGAGACUGUUGCGAGAGACGGAGUCGGAGUCGUUCUCCAUCCGCCUGGCCAUGCAUUGGAUCAUCACACCUGCCGCUGAUGAAGGGGAGGUACUGAAGCAGGUGGAUCGUGCAAUUGAGCUCCACAGAACGUAUAACAAGAACACUUCACCGGACUUUAGUAUCGCAGGCAUCAAGGUUAUUUGCGACGGCGUUGUAGAUGCUUGUACGGCGGCGCUACUGGAGCCGUAUACGACUGGCCUAUCUUCUUCAUCGACAGAUGGACCCGUCGCAUCUCCAGCACCCCUCUGGGAAGAAGAUAUUCUGCGUAAAGCUGUCCAGCGCGCCGAUGCCGCAGGCCUUCAAUGCGCACUCCACGCCAUCGGCGACGCUGCCGUCGCCCUCGCCAUCAACACUCUCGAAACCGUAAAGCCACCACCCGGCUCACCGUCAAGACGCCACCGCAUCGAGCACCUCGAACUCACAUCCCCCUCUGAUGCAGCACGCCUCGCCUCCCUCGGGAUAACAGCCAGCAUCCAGCCCGUACAUGCUGACCCGGCGAUUCUCCGUGCCUGGCCUCGUCUUCUAGGCACAGAGCGGGUACGCCGCGCAUUCGCAUACCGGGAAUUUGUUGAAGCCGGUGCGAAUGUUGCGCUGGGUACGGAUUCCCCGACGGCGCCGCACAAUGCCUUGAGAAAUCUUUAUACGGCUACGACAAGACGGUCUGCAAGGGAACCAGAGAGCCAAGAGGUGGUUAAUGAACAUUUCAAACUGAGUCUGGCACAGGCUGUUAAUUCGGCGACAAGGGGGUCCGCGUAUAGUUGCUUUGGGGAUGAUGUAGCAGGAACGCUGGAGGUGGGCAAGAAGGCUGAUUUUGUGGUGCUGGAUAUGGAGUGGGAUGAAGAGAGGCUCCUUGAGGCAAAGGUGCAUAAGACGGUUUUCAAUGGGAGGUGUGUGUUUGAGGCGCCUGAUGAUAAAUAA